AUGGCUGUGGGUUGUAUUGACUGUCACUGUCAUGUGACCGCUGAUGAAUUUCUGCAGGACACAAAGGAAAUUCUAGAGAGAUCAAGGAAGGAAGGAAUCCGCGCUCUUGUUUCUGUUACAGAACACUGCCGAGAGUUUGAAAGGCUCAUUCAACUUUCAGAAAGCUAUCCAGAUUUUUUGAUGCCAUGUUUUGGGGUUCACCCUAUUCAGAAUAAUGGAGAUGGCCCGCGCAGUGUUACAAUGAAGGAUUUGGAGCCCGCUCUUAUAUGGUUUGAAAAGUGCCAAAAAGAUCUAGUUGCUAUUGGAGAGAUCGGCUUAGACUUCACUCCUUGGCUUACUCCAACUGCUAGAGAGAAGGAAGAGCAGAUAAAAGUUUUAAAGCUACAGCUGGAUUUUGCAAAAAGAUUGGAUCUGCCUGUAAAUGUCCAUUCUCGCUCAACUGGAAGACAAACAAUAGCAUUUCUGAAAGAGCAAGGUGUUGAAAAAGCUUUGCUACACAAUUUUGCUGGCCGCCCUUCAGCUGCCUUGGAGGGUGUGAAGGCCGGGUACUUCUUCUCCUUUCCCCCCGCAGUUACCAAAAAUAAUCAGAGAGAGAAGCUAAUAAGACAGAUUCCACUGGAGAAUAUCUGCUUAGAGACAGAUUCCCCGGCACUCGGACCAAACAGGGAGGAAAGAAAUGUCCCAUGGAAUAUCCACAUCCCCUGUGAAUAUAUUGCUCAAGUGAAAGGUCUUUCUCCGGAGGCAGUUUGCGAAGCAACAGCUCAUAAUGCCCUGCGACUCUUCCAUAAAAUGAAAUACAAGUUGAAUAAGUAA